UAGUUUAGAAAUUAGACCAUGAACUAGAGAGGAUCCGCGCACGUCAAGAGACGAGUUACAUUUUUUUUGAUUUUUUUCUAACACAGCUCUCCCUCUCUCUCUCGAUUCAUUCAUUUAUUUCAACUUUCAAUCUAAUAACUUCAAUUAUCACACACAAUUUGGGAUUUUCUGGAGAACAUUUCCGGAAAAUCAAAACUUUUCGACGAGAUUGGAAACUCGGAUCUUCCAAAAAGUGAAGGGUAAAAUUGAUUUUAGGUUGCAAUUUGCGAAUAUAGUAUGAGUGAUUGCUAGGUUAAAAGAAAGUGAGAUAAUGGAAGAAGAGGAAGUCAACCAUAUCGAUAUUUCUGGGGAGGACUUAGAUUUGAAUGGAGUAGGAGGUGUUUAUGUUGGUGGAGAAGAAUUACAGUCAUCUCCAUCUCCAUCUUUACUUCUAGAUGAUAUUGUUAUCCGGACGGAUCACUCGGGUCAUACAUCUGGCAGCUUGGUGACCCAGGUUGUUGAAGAGGAGGGGUUUGAGCAGGUGGCUUUAAACGAUCAAGAGAAUAAUGACAGCGGGAUCGGUAAUGGUGAGGGUUCAGGUGUGUCCCUGGCUUCUGACAGUGUGACAAGUCCGCUUGAUGAAGUGGAGAAAGCUAAGGAGGUAUCACAUGGAAGACUUGUGGAGAAUGUAGAGCUGAGUCAUGAGCGUGAUAGCUCAAGUGCUGGUCAUGCGAGAGAAACUUCUUCGUCCGGUACUAGUUUGGAUGUGGAUGCUGGUUCUGGGUUCUCACGUUCAGUGUCGCAGCAGAAAUUAAGGCCAAAAGCUUCAAUGUCCAGUGUUUCACCUGAGCUAUUGCAUUUAAUUGAUUCCGCCAUUAUGGGGAAGCCUGAAAGCUUAGAUAAACUUAAAAAUAUCGUGACUGGUAUUGAGGCAUUUAGUGAUGAGGACAAUGACACCAUAUCCUUUUUGGUGAUUGAUUCACUUCUAGCUACAAUGGGGGGUGUUGAAAGUUUUGAGGAUGAUGAUGGCAAUAACCCACCUAGUGUUAUGUUGAACUCUAGGGCUGCCAUUGUUGCAGGCGAGUUGAUACCGUGGCUUCCUUGUGCUGGUGAUGAUAGUAUGGGUCUAAUGUCUCCCAGGACUCGCAUGGUUAGAGGAUUGUUGGCUAUAUUACAGGCAUGUACAAGAAACAGAGCAAUGUGCUCAACAGCUGGUUUACUAGGUGUUCUUCUAAGAUCCGCGGAGAAAAUUUUUGCACCGAAGGGUGAUACUUUGGAGCAGGUGGAUUGGGAUGGUUCUCCUCUAUGCUACUGUAUUCAGUAUUUGGCUGGGCAUUCUCUUAGUGUGGCUGAUUUGCAUAAGUGGCUCGAGGCUAUUACGAGGACACUUACUACCGUAUGGGCUCCUCCUUUAAUGCAUGCACUGGAAAAGGCAAUUGGAGGAAAGGAAUCAAGAGGUCCAGCUUGCACAUUUGAAUUUGAUGGAGAGAGCUCUGGUUUGCUUGGUCCUGGGGAAGGUCGUUGGCCAUUUGCCAAUGGGUAUGCCUUUGCAACCUGGAUUUAUGUAGAAUCAUUUGCUGACACAGUAAAUACUGCAACUGCUGCAGCUGCUAUUGCUGCUGCUGCUGCUGCUACAGCUGGGAAAUCAUCACCAAUGUCUGCUGCGGCUGCUGCAAGUGCACUUGCUGGUGAAGGCACCGCACACAUGCCAAGGCUUUUUAGUUUCUUAUCUGCUGAUAAUCAGGGUUUGGAGGCAUAUUUUCAUGCUCAGUUUUUGGUGGUUGAAUGUGGUACUGGAAGGGGAAAGAAGGCUUCAUUGCAUUUUACUCAUGCUUUUAAGCCACAAUGCUGGUAUUUUAUUGGUUUGGAGCAUACUUGCAAACAGGGUAUACUUGGCAAGUCAGAGAGUGAGCUGAGGUUGUACAUUGACGGGUCUUUGUAUGAGACUCGUCCUUUUGAAUUUCCUCGCAUCUCUAAGCCACUAGCAUUUUGUUGCGUAGGGACAAAUCCUCCUCCUACAAUGGCAGGGUUGCAACGUCGCCGUCGUCAAUGUCCCCUUUUUGCUGAAAUGGGACCUAUUUACAUUUUUAAGGAACCAAUUGGCCCUGAUAAAAUGGCUCGUUUGGCUUCCAGGGGAGGCGAUGUGCUACCUUCUUUUGGCAGUGGGGUUGGACUACCUUGGCUGGCGAUGAGUGACCAUGUGCAAAACAUUGCAGAAGAAAGUUUGCUACUGGAUGCAGAAUUAGCUGGAUUGCUACACCUUCUUUAUCACCCGAGGUUGCUCAAUGGACGAUAUUGUCCAGAUGCUUCUCCAAGUGGUGCUGCAGGUGUCCUUCGCAGACCAGCUGAAGUGCUCGGGCAAGUACAUGUUGCUUCGAGGACACGACCAUUGGAUGCAUUAUGGGCGUUAGCUUACGGUGGGCCAAUGUCAUUGCUUCCUUUAACAGUUACCAGUGUGAAGAAUGAUAGUUUGGAGCCUGAACCAGGGAAUAUAACUUUAUCUUUGGCCACAGCUGCUCUAGCUGCUCCAAUAUUUAGAAUCAUUGCCAUGGCUAUGAAACACCCUAAAAACAAUGAAGAAAUAGGCCGUGCUAGAGGUCCUGAGGUGUUGUCUAGAAUAUUGAAUUAUCUUCUACAAUCAUUAUCUUCAGCUGAUGCAAAACAUCAUGGUGGUGUGGGGGAUGAGGAACUUGUUGCAGCUGUUGUUUCAUUGUGUCAAGCUCAGAAACAUAAUCAUGCACUCAAGGUCCAGCUUUUCAGUACACUUUUACUGGAUCUUAGGACUUGGAGCUUGUGCAACUAUGGAUUGCAGAAGAAACUUCUGUCAUCUCUGGCUGAUAUGGUUUUCACUGAAUCUUCUGUAAUGCGGGAUGCAAAUGCUAUUCAGAUGCUUCUUGAUGCAUGCAGAAGAUGUUACUGGACAACUCGUGAAAAGGACUCAGUCAAUUCCUUUUCUGUAAAUGAGGAAACUCGUCCUAUAGGUGAAGUAAAUGCUUUGAUUGAUGAACUUUUAGUUGUAAUUGAACUCCUUAUGGUGGCAGCACAGCCUUCAUUAGCUGUGGAUGACAUGCGUUGUUUGCUUUGCUUUUUGGUGGAUUGCCCACAACCCAAUCAGGUUGCUAGGGUUUUGCACCUAAUAUAUAGGCUGGUUGUUCAACCAAAGGCAUCACGAGCUAAGACUUUUGCUGAUGCUUUUGUUUCAUGUGGUGGGAUAGAAACACUACUCGUUCUUUUGCAGCGUGAAGCAAAGGCUGGAAAUCAGGAUGUUUUUGACUCUAUUAUGGAAGAUGAUGAUAAGGGUUCAUCAGUACAUGGGUCUGAAGUGCCUCUUGAUGACAGAGCAUCGGAAGUUAGUGAUGGUGGAACUGUUGAAUCAUUAGAAGAGAAGAAACUUACAUCUCAGGGUGAACAGGGAGCUGAGUCCCUUGGCACUAUAAGCAGGGCCAGCCUUGAAUUAAUGGAUGUUACUAGUGGAUUUGAUGAUCUCCCUACAGGCACUCCUCUGGAGAGAAUGACAUCAGUCCCAGAAAACUUCUUUGCGAAAAAUGUUGGUGGAAUUAAUUUAUCAAUUAGUGCUGAUAAUGCCAGAAAUAAUGCUUACAAUUUUGACAAAAUUGAUGGCAUUGUGGUUGGAAUCAUCAAAUUACUGGGUACUCUAGUGGCAUCAGGGCAUGUGAAAUUUAAUUCCAGUUCCCCGUUGCCUGUUGCUACAGGCAGUGCUGGAUUGCCUGAUACAGGUGGCUCUAUGUUUGAAGAUAAAGUUUCGCUUCUACUUUUUGCUUUGCAAAAGGCUUUUCAGGCAGCACCAAGAAGGCUUAUGACUAUAAAUGUUUACACAGCUUUAUUGGCAGCUUCGAUAAAUGCUACUUCAACUGAAGAUGGUUUGAACUUGUAUGAUUCUGGACAUCGAUUUGAACAUUUACAUCUUUUGCUGGUUCUCUUAAGAUCACUUCCCUAUGCUUCUACAGCAUUGCAAAGUCGAGCAUUGCAGGACCUUCUGUUUUUGGCUUGCAGUCAUCCAGAUAACCGCAGCUGCCUUACUCAAAUGGAAGAAUGGCCUGAGUGGCUUUUGGAGGUUCUCAUUGCCAAUUAUGAGAGAGCUCCAGUGAAAAUCUUGAACUCUUCAAGCUUCAGAGAUGUAGAAGAUCUCAUACACAAUUUUUUGAUCAUCAUGUUAGAACAUUCGAUGCGUCAAAAGGAUGGCUGGAAGGAUAUUGAAGCGACAAUUCAUUGUGCAGAGUGGCUCUCUAUGGUGGGUGGAUCUAGCUCUGGAGAUCAACGUAUGAGACGUGAGGAAUCAUUGCCUAUAUUCAAACGAAGGCUUAUGGGUAGCUUGCUAGACUUCUCAGCCAGGGAACUUCAGGUUCAGACUGAAGUCAUUGCUGCUGCGGCAGCUGGUGUUGCUGCCGAGUUCUCGUCACCAACAAAUGCCAGGGCAGAAGCUGAGAAUGCUGCUCAGCUUUCUGUCGCCUUGGUGGAGAAUGCCAUCGUUAUUCUGAUGCUAGUUGAGGAUCAUUUACGUUUGCAGAGCAAAUUAUUGUGUGCUCAGCACACUGUUAAUGGCACUGUGUCCUCACUUUCAUCAGCUAGCCGCUCAAAUUCUUCAACCAUGGCUACUGGAGAACCAAAGGAUCUUUUGGGUGACCGUAAAUCAUGGUCUGGUGAUACUGGAGGACUCCCCCUUGAUAUCCUUACUUCAAUGGCUGAUGAAAAUGGGCAAAUUUCUGCGUCUGUUAUGGAAAGACUAACUGCUGCUGCUGCUGCUGAACCCUAUGAAUCUGUCUCUGGUGCAUUUGUAUCUUAUGGAAGCUGUGCAAAAGAUUUGGCAGAAGGAUGGAAAUACAGGAGCCGGCUAUGGUAUGGUGUUGGUGUUCCUUCCAAGGGAAAUGUAUUUGGUGGUGGUGGCAAUGGCUUGGAGUCUUGGAAUUCCGUUUUAGAGAAGGAUGCAAAUGGGUGCUGGAUUGAGCUUCCUUUGAUUAAAAAAUCUGUUGCUAUGCUGCAAGCUUUGUUGUUAGAUGAGUCUGGACUUGGUGGUGGUCUUGGUAUUGGUGGAGGAUCUGGUACAGGAAUGGGAGGUAUGACAGCUCUUUACCAAUUGCUGGAUAGUGAUCAACCAUUCCUAUGCAUGCUACGAAUGGUGCUUGUUUCAAUGAGAGAAGAAGACAAUGGUGACGAAAGCAUGCUUAUGAGGAAUUUGAAUUUGGAUGAUGCAUCAUCAGACAGAUUAUACAAAAACGUAGGUAAUAUGACGAUGGAUAAAAAUGCUAGAGCGACUCCCAGAAAACCUAGAUCAGCAUUAUUAUGGAGUGUGCUCUCACCUGUGCUUAAUAUGCCCAUCUCUGAGUCAAAAAGACAGAGGGUAUUGGUUGCAUCCUGUGUCCUUUAUUCUGAGAUGUGGCAUGCCAUUGGAAAGGAUAGAAAUCCUCUUCGCAAACAAUACCUGGAGGCUAUUGUGCCACCAUUCGUUGCCAUUUUGCGAAGGUGGCGGCCACUACUAGCUGGAAUUCAUGAACUAGCCACUGCAGAUGGUCUCAACCCUCUGGUUGUUGAUGACCGGGCCCUGGCUGCAGAUGCUCUUCCUGUAGAGGGAGCUCUUGCCAUGGUGUCUCCAACUUGGGCUGCUGCUUUUGCAUCUCCACCUGCUGCAAUGGCAUUGGCAAUGAUUGCAGCUGGUGCUUCUGGGGGGGAUGUCCCAACACGUGCAUCAACAACACAGCUUAAGCGUGACGUCUCAUUGCUUGAGCGUAAGGCAGCUAAGCUUCAGACAUUUUCAAGUUUUCAGAAGCCACAGGAAAUCCCAAAUAAAUCUCCUGCUGUUCCAAAGGAUAAGGCAUCUGCAAAAGCGGCUGCCUUAGCUGCAGCUCGUGACCUGGAGCGUAAUGCAAAAAUCGGUUCAGGUAGGGGACUUAGUGCUGUAGCAAUGGCUACUUCUGCUCAGCGAAGAAACGUAAGUGACAUGGAGCGUGUUAAGAGAUGGACACUUUCAGAGGCUAUGGGAACGGCAUGGAUGGAGUGCUUGCAUCCAGUUGAUACUAAAUCUGUUUAUAGCAAAGAUUUCAACGCUUUCUCCUACAAAUUUAUUGCAGUUCUUGUUGCAAGUCUCGCUUUCACCCGAAACAUCCAGCGAUCAGAGGUUGACAGGCGGUCUCAAGUAGAUAUGUUAGCACGCCACCAUCAAGUCACUGGAACUCGUGCUUGGAGGAAACUCGUUCACUAUUUAACAGAGAUGAAAUGUCUUUUUGGGCCAUUUGGUGACCUUCUUCGCAAUCCUGAAUUUGUUUUUUGGAAGCUAGACCUCAUGGAAAGCUCUGCAAGGAUGAGAAUAUGCUUAAGGAGGAAUUACAGAGGCUCAGCACAUAUUGGUGCUGCAGCCGAUUAUGAAGACAAUGAUGCUGUUAAGCAUGAUCAACAGAGGGUGAUAAGUGCAUCAAACGCCUCUGCCCUUGUAGCUGAAGCAAUAGAUGCAGAUGCAUUAAAUGAAGAUUCUGAGCAUGCAGAUAUCAAUAAUAGGUUGAGUCUUGAUUUAGACGGGGAGCAGCAUGAGGAGUAUCAUUCUAUUGGAGCUGAAUCACGUAUGCAAGCGUCAUCAGAUUCUAAUGAUGCACCAUCUACGAGUGGCCAAGAUAUGGCUGAGGAUCCGUCAGCAGUUGCUCCUGGGUAUGUAUUUAGUGAGCUUGAUGAGAGAAUUAUGCUGGAACUUCCUUGCUCAAUGGUGAGGCCGCUAAGAGUUGUUCGAGGAACUUUUCAAAUAACAACAAAACGAAUCAAUUUUAUUGCUGAGAACGUUGAGACUAGUUCUUCAGGCACUGAACUGGAUCACAGUUAUGAAGACAGAGAUCAGGAAAAGAAUCGUAGCUGGUUAAUAUCUUCACUUCAUCAAAUUUAUAGCAGAAGAUAUCUUCUGAGAAGAAGUGCACUGGAGCUAUUUAUGCUUGAUCGCUUUAAUUACUUUUUCGAUUUUGGGACUAGUGAAGGUAGGAGAAAUGCAUACCGAGCAAUUGUUCAUGCACGCCCUCCUCAUUUGAACAAUAUAUAUCUAGCAACUCAGAGACCUGAUCACCUUUUGAAAAGGACUCAGCUUAUGGAGCGUUGGGCUAGAUGGGAGAUCAGCAACUUUGAAUACCUAAUGCAGCUCAACACACUGGCUGGGCGUAGUUAUAAUGACAUCACUCAGUAUCCAGUAUUUCCUUGGAUUCUGUCUGAUUAUACAUCAAAGGAGCUGAAUCUUUCUAAUCCUUCUUCAUAUCGAGACCUUUCAAAGCCUGUUGGUGCUCUAAAUCCUGAACGCUUGAAGAAAUUCCAGGAGCGAUAUUCUAGUUUUGAUGAUCCUGUAAUUCCGAAGUUUCACUAUGGUUCACAUUAUUCAAGUGCUGGAACAGUGCUGUAUUACCUUGUCCGACUUGAGCCUUUCACCACUCUCUCUAUUCAAUUACAAGGUGGAAAAUUUGACCAUGCAGACAGGAUGUUUGCUGAUAUUGCUGCAACGUGGGAGGGAGUUCUUGAGGAGAUGAGUGAUGUGAAGGAAUUGGUUCCAGAAUUGUUUUACCUCCCUGAAAUGCUGUCCAAUGAGAACUCAAUUGAUUUUGGUACUACACAACUUGGUCAAAAACUUGAUUUAGUCAAACUCCCUCCUUGGGCUGAAAAUCCUGUUGAGUUUAUUCAUAAACAUAGGAUGGCUCUUGAGAGUGAGUAUGUUUCUGCUCAUCUGCAUGAGUGGAUUGACCUCAUAUUUGGGUAUAAACAACGCGGAAGAGAAGCUAUAGGAGCAAAUAAUGUUUUCUUUUAUAUUACAUAUGAAGGAACAGUCGACAUUGACAAAAUCUCCGACCCUGUACAACAACGUGCCACUCAGGAUCAGAUUGCUUAUUUUGGGCAAACCCCAUCUCAGCUUUUGACAGCUCCUCAUAUUAAAAGAAUGGCGCUAGCCGACGCUCUUCAAUUGCAGACAAUCUUUCGGAACCCAAAAGAACUCAAGCCAUAUGCUGUUCCAAUGCCUGAACGCUGCAAUCUACCUGCCUCGGCAAUGUAUGCAUCUUCCGAUUCUGUUAUCAUUGUCGAUAUAAAUGCCCCAGCUUCAUUUGUAGCACAACACAAGUGGCAGCCAAAUACACCUGAUGGCCAAGGUGCACCUUUUCUUUUCCAUCAUGGGAAAGCCACUGCCAGCUCUUCUGGUGGAGGAUUGAUGCGAAUGUUUAAAGGACAAUCUGGAGCUGUUUCUGAAGAUUGGCACUUUCCUCAAGCGUUGGCAUUUCCUACUUCAGGAAUCAGGAGUUCAGCUAUAGUUGCUAUAACCAGCAAUAAAGAAAUUAUAACUGGUGGGCAUGUUGAUAACAGUAUCAAAAUAAUAUCAGCAGAUGGAGCAAAGACCCUUGAGACAGCCAUAGGACACUGUGCUCCUGUGACAUGCUUGGGUCUCUCAUCUGAUAGCAAUUACCUCGUGACUGGGUCUCGAGAUACUACAGUAUUGCUUUGGAGAAUACAUCGUACAGUUACAUCUCAAUCUGCCAAUAUCUCAGAAUCUUCCACUGCUUCUGGUACUUCUUCAAACAGCAGUAAUGCUUCGGCUAGGAUCUCAUUAGACAAAAGCAGGAAACGGCGAAUUGAAGGACCUGUACAUGUCUUGCGGGGUCAUCUUGCAGAAGUUCUGUCUUGCUGUGUUAGCUCAGAUCUCGGAGUAGUUGUCUCUUGCUCUCAAUCACCAGAUAUUCUUUUGCAUUCUAUCAGAAGGGGUCGUUUGCUCAGAAGGAUAGCUAAUGUGCAGGCCAAUUCUGUUUGUCUUUCAUCUGAUGGUAUCAUAAUGGCUUGGAAUCAAUCACUGCAUAUGCUCAGCACCUAUACUCUGAAUGGCAUUUUUAUAUCUAGGGCAAGGCUUCCCUUAUCUGGAAGCAUCAGUUGCAUGGAAAUUUCUUUUGAUGGACAGACUGCCUUAGUCGGGGUGAACUCCUGUUCUCAGAAGGAAGGGUCUCUUGACAGCAGCAGGUCUUGGAAGUCAAAGCAACUGGAAACUGGAGUUCUCUCCACAGGAUUGAAUGUGAAAGAUGAAGACUGUAGAUUGGAUAUAGCAUUACCUUCAAUUUGCUUUCUCGAUCUAUAUACCCUUAAGGUGGUACAUACAUUGAAUCUUCAAGCUGGGCAGGAUAUUACAGCCAUAGCCUUGAACAAGGACAACACGAAUCUUCUGGUCUCUACAAUGGAUAGGCAAUUGUUAAUUUUUACAGACCCAGCUUUGAGCUUAAAGAUGGUGGAUCAAAUGUUAAAGCUCGGUUGGGAAGGCGAUGGACUUAGCCCUCUCAUAAAAUGAAGGGGCCAUGUUUUCGCUUGAAUCUCACUUAUUAAAACUCUUAUGUGGAAGAGGACAAGAGGUAAACAGGAGGUACAUUCACAUAUCUUGAUUUACAACUUGUUCGGAUGUUGUUUUGUACUUCACAUCUGGCAAUUGUCAAAUGUGGUUGUAUUAUAUGUAGCCAACUUCAUUUAUUACAGAAAUAGGUUUGAUAAAGGAUAGUUAGGUGAAGUUUUGACUUGAUUGAGCUGUAAAUUCUUCGGUGUUCAUACAGAUUAGGCUGUAAACCCUCCAUUCAGAUCUGUUUUUUCGAGUAUAUACACAGGUCCAGAGUUGCUGGAUCUUUUUA